UUAAAAAAAAAAAAUAUCUGUAGAAUUUUAUAUAUUUUUAGUAGAUUUAUUGGAGAUUUUUAGAAAAAUUAACAAAAUAUAACCUGUAUUUAAUAAUAUUUGAGUAAUAUUUAACAGGCUUAAUGUAAAAUUAUUGAUAAUCUACGGGAAUAUAGAAAAAAAAUUAACAAAAGUUUUAUUUAGCAAAGGCGAUAUGGCAGGCAUGAAUAAUUAUUCAACUUUAAUGUAUGCCACUAAUAAAAGGCCUGUUAAUGUGGAGGAAGACACAGAUACUUUGGAAGGACGUCCGCAGAGACCACGUAAUAUUUUUAGUACUACCACUGCAGUAGAUCCCACGUCUUUGCCACCUAUAAAUAUACCCAUACAAAGAUCACCGCAAAUGCAAUUUCAAACGAAUGAAGAGGACUAUCAUGCUUAUUUAGAUAGUUUAAGAACUAUACAGGAUGGCAUGAUGUCGGGCAUGAAAACUGUCAAUUCGGAAAGAGAUUUAUCACUGCCUUUGGAUAAGCACAGAGUUUUGGAUAAUUACUUUGAAAGUCAAGAAGAUGAAGAUCCUGAGAAGCAAAAUAUAAAUUCUUUAUACUAUAGCGAAGAGAAACAAAUUUCAAUACGUAAAUAUUUGGGCAUUGGUGUACAAUGGGUUAGUUUGGUAACGGAAAAUUUACUCAGUCAUCCCUUUAUUGUAUUGAGGCGUCAAUGUCAAGUUUACAAUGCCUCACAAAGAUAUCAUUUGCAUCCAUUUGCUUUAAUACCCUCUAUAAUACAUUUGCAUAGACGUCAGGGUGUUACUACUUUGUGGAAAGGUUUAGGCAGUUGCUUGCUAGUAAGAGGCAUGUCUUUAGCUAUGGAUGAUAUUUUAUCCAAAAUAACCACUUGGCCCAAGGAAGUGGACAAUCGUACCUCUUUGAAAAGAUUUGGUCAACAUAUUAUACUUAAAAGCAUAAGCAUUGCCUUGGUAAUGCCUUUCUAUGCCGCCUCUCUGGUGGAGAGUGUGCAAAGUGAUAUAGCCAGUGAAAAGCCAGGACUAUUUGAUGUUUUUCGUGAAGGCAGUUUACGUUUAUUAUAUUGGAAAUAUCCCCAAAAAGGUCGCAUGCUACCCAUAUGGGCUUUAAUUGGGCCCACCGUUUCAGUGGGCAUAACGAAAUACUUAUUCAGCUUGGUUAUUAAGGGUUUAUCCUCACGCAUAAUGCGCCGUCGCAUACAACAGGCCCAGGAACGUAAAGGUGCCAAAUUUAAAGAUGAUUCUUUGGAAAAUCAAAACGUUGAAGUCUAUUCGAAUCUUAUCUCUAUGUUGACUACUGAAGUUUUCUUUUAUCCUUUGGAAACUAUUUUACAUCGUAUUCAAUUACAGGGUACUCGUACUAUUAUCGAUAAUCUAGAUAAUGGUUAUGCUGUGGUGCCUAUAUUAACCAAUUAUCAGGGUGCUAUAGAUUGUUAUCGCACCACUGUAGCCACUGAGGGUUUUUCGGGUCUUUAUAAGGGUUUUGGUGCUAUAAUUUUACAAUUUGCUGCUCAUAUAGCAGUUAUUAAGCUCACAAAAUGGGUUGUCAAUCAAAUAACGGAAGUUAUAUCGAAUCGUCCUCCUCCCAAAGUAGUACAAUAUUAUAAUUUAGAUCGUGGCCAGCAGUCAAAUUCAACAACAAUAUCGCCCAGUCUAAGUUCCGGCAGUGAUUUAGAUGCCAAUAGUGUGGGCAAUCGUUCGGUGGAUUAGAUUUUUCUUUAACUUCUUUUAGCGAACAAGUUUUAAACUCUUAAAUUUUGUAAAUGGCUUAAUUCUACUAACAUUAUAUAAUCAUUUAAGCUGUAGGCUCUCUUGGAAAUUUGUAUUUUUUCAAACUCUGUGUAUAACUGUAGAAAAACACAAGUGUGUUUUUUUUAUAAUGAAAGAAGUAAUUGAACAAAGAAUUGUUUUUUUAGUUGUACUGUGAUACUUCCGUUACACAUUUAAAAUAACGAUCUUUCUGUAUUUAUGAAGCUUAAAUCAAUUGUUUUUUUAUGUAAAGUUUAAUAUAUAAUUUGUUUUUGGCCAAAUAAUUGUUAAAAAUUCUCGAAGAUAAAAAAACAUAUAAAAUUAAAACUAAUUUAUUUAACUAAAUAGAAAUUAAUGUAUUUAAUUAAUAUAAAUAAUAAAA